AUGUUUAGAUCCGUCGCUACUAGAAUAUCUGCUUGCCGUGGGUUGGCAAGCAACGCUGCUCGUAAAUCGCUUACCAUUGGUCUUAUCCCUGGUGAUGGGAUAGGUAAGGAAGUCAUUCCUGCCGGUAAGCAGGUUUUGGAAAACCUGAACUCUAAGCACGGCUUAAGUUUCAAUUUUAUUGAUCUUUAUGCUGGUUUCCAAACUUUCCAAGAGACCGGUAAAGCGUUGCCUGACGAAACCAUCAAAGUAUUGAAAGACCAAUGUCAGGGUGCUCUUUUCGGUGCAGUUCAGUCUCCUACUACCAAAGUGGAAGGUUACUCUUCACCCAUUGUCGCUCUAAGGAGGGAAAUGGGACUAUAUGCUAAUGUCCGUCCUGUUAAAUCUGUGGAAGGAAGUAAGGGUAAACCAAUUGAUAUGGUCAUUGUGAGAGAAAACACCGAGGAUUUGUAUAUCAAGAUCGAAAAGACAUACAUUGACAAAGCCACAGGGACAAGAGUUGCUGACGCUAUUAAAAGAAUAUCCGAAGUUGCAACAAGAAGAAUCGCAACUAUUGCAUUGGACAUUGCUUUGCAAAGACUACAGACAAGGGGCGAAGCCACUUUAACGGUGACACACAAAUCAAACGUCUUGUCCCAAACCGAUGGUCUAUUUAGAGAGAUCUGUAAGGAUGUCUACGAAUCUAACAAAGAUAAAUAUGGCAAAAUCAACUACAACGAACAAAUUGUGGAUUCCAUGGUCUACAGAUUGUUCAGAGAACCACAAUGUUUUGAUGUGAUAGUCGCACCUAACCUAUACGGUGAUAUAUUAUCCGAUGGUGCUGCUGCAUUAGUGGGUUCUCUGGGUGUUGUUCCAAGUGCCAACGUCGGCCCCGAAAUAGUCAUUGGUGAACCAUGCCAUGGCUCUGCACCAGAUAUUGCUGGUAAGGGUAUCGCCAACCCAAUCGCCACUAUAAGGUCAACAGCCUUGAUGUUGGAAUUCUUGGGCCAUAACGAGGCUGCCCAAGACAUUUAUAAAGCCGUUGAUGCCAACUUGAGAGAAGGCGCUAUCACGACUCCUGAUUUAGGCGGUAAGGCUUCUACCCAACAAGUGGUCGAUGACGUUUUGUCAAGAUUGUGA